UUUAAUUUCCAUCUCAAAUUUAUCAAAAAAAAAAAUCCAUCUCAAAAAAAGCAAAAUUCCAAUCAUGUUCCCUAACCUUAAACACAAACACAAAUAAAGAUUUUUUAUUUAUAUUUUCCAAAAUUAGUUUCUCAAAUCCACAAAAAAUAAUUUCUUCCUAAAAACGUGUCAACACCGCUUUAACCGCUCUCUCCUCCCCUUCUCUCUCGCCGACUUUUUUCGCCCUCCGCCCAUCACUCCUUUCUCACUCUUAUCUUCUUCUUCUUCUUCUUCUUCUUCCCCCUUUUCCCCAAUUUCCCCCAAAUUCCUCCCAACAUAAACCCUAACUUCCCAUUUCACCUCAGAUCAUCCAAUUUCACUUCGAUUCUUCAUCCUUUUGAAUGUUCAACUCAUAAUAUUCUGUUGGGUGUAAUCAAUUUUCCUGGGGUGGAGAGAGGAAGGAGAUAUUUUCCCCCAAAUUCCUCCUAAUAUAAACCCUAACUUCCCCAUUUCACCUCAGAUUAUCAAAUUUCACUUCGAGUCUUCAUCGUUUUGAAUGUUCAAUCCAUAAUAUUUUGUUGGGUGUGAUUAAUUUUUCUGGGGUGGAGAGAGGAAGAAGAGGAUUGAAUUCGGCGGCGAAUGUCGGUUGAGAGAUCGUUUGAAGCUUGGGAAGAGGUGCAGCGACACGGCCAAGACUUGGCUGAUAAGCUAGCACAAGGUUUUACUGGGUUGAUUCAAUCUCAUAUUGCGCCGCCUUCAUUUGCGUGGCCUAAUCCUCCGAGUACUAAGCUUUUCGAUGUCGAAUUCGAGUUUCCUACCCAGAAUUUUGUGCCCAGGGAUUUUGGGCUUGCAAUUGAUAAUUCUGGGAUUACUGGGAUUUUUGAUAUAGGGAAUAGGAUAGGGCAAGCUGGGGCUGAUUUUGGGGCUUGUGUUAAUGGGUUGGUUCAGCAGUUUUUUCGGUUGAUUCCGGUGCCGUUUAUGCCUAAUGAUAAUGAUAAGGGUAUGGUGAAGCUUCAUCAUGCUGAUAAUGGCGGGGAGAGGAGUGAUAUGAGUAUAUUGGUUAGGGAGGAAUUGGGUUCAUUGGCAGAACAAUGGGGGGAUUUAAGGUUUUCUGAGAAAUCCGAAGCCGGCGUCGAUGGAGUUGCUGAUGAAGAGCUUUCGGGGUUUAACCUUAAAAUUGCUGGUCUUUUCGGUAAAUCUCAGGGGACUGUAAAUGUUACAUCUGCUUAUGACAGUAGAACUCGCGACAUUCAAAGCUCUGUUGUUGCGCGUGGUGAUCUAUGGAGACUUGAGGCAUCAAGUGGUAGCUCUACAUCAGGAACUCAUAAUUCGUCUUUGUUUCUGGUCCAGCUUGGACCUCUUCUCUUUAUUCGUGAUACAACACUUCUUUUGCCAGUUCAUCUAUCCAAGCAGCACUUGCUUUGGUAUGGUUAUGAUAGGAAGAAUGGUUUGCACUCCCUAUGUCCAGCAGUAUGGACUAAGCACAGAAGGUGGCUUUUGAUGUCAAUGAUCUGUCUCAAUCCUUUGGCUUGUUCAUUCAUGGAUCUACAGUUUCCAAAUGGGCAGCUUACUUAUGUAGCAGGGGAGGGACUAACCACUAGUGCAUUUCUUCCUAUUUGUGGGGGUUUGCUUCAAGCUCAGGGUCAAUACCCUGGUGAAAUGAGGUUCAGUUUCUCUUGCAAGAAUAAAUGGGGAACACAAAUUACUCCAAUGAUACAGUUGCCUGAUAGGUCAUUUACACUUGGUUUUGCACAAGACUUGGCUUGGAAGCGUUCCGGUCUCUUGGUGAGGCCAACCAUUCAAUUUAAUCUAUGUCCUACCUUUGGUGGAAGUGAUCCUGGUGUACGGGCAGAACUUGUUCAUUCAGUCAAGGAUAAGUUGAAUCUCAUUUAUGGGUGUUCGUACUCAACAUAUUCGUCAGCAUUUGCAUCUGUAUCUCUUGGUAGGUCUAAGUGGAAUGGGAAUGUUGGAAGCACUGGGAUUGUCCUGAAAGCUGAGACUCCUCUCUCAAAUGUUGGCAGACCUGCGUUCUCUGUACAACUGAACAGUGGCAUCGAGUUUUAGCCCCUCCAUGCCACAUCAUGUAUUAACUUGAACUGUAUAUAGUACCACACUUGUAACAUACCUUACAGCCACCUGUAAAUAUCGACAUUUCCGUAAAUACUGGUACAUUGGUACCUUGUAUUAUCUAAGGAUCCAUAUUAUGUCUGGAUUCUGAAAUUUUGUGGAACUGUCUUCUCAUACUUGGAAAUGUUUGGAAUAAUGAAUGUUCGAGCAGCUUUCAAAGUAUGAAAUUGGUUUACUCUUGCAA